CAUCAGAACAUUGUGUUCAGGAGGCAUAUCCCUGUUGUCAGUCAACAUCCUGGCUUUCAUUCAUCCUGACUGGAGUCUAGACGCUAUCAGAUGAUUCUCCACAAGGAUGAAUGUUGGAUGGUGGUGUAGGGCCUACUCAGAAGUGAUCUUUGAAAAGAAUGUUUUGUCUUUGAUCCAAAUGGAAAAGGCUGGUUUUGUUUACAUAUGUGGUUCAGGUUUCUAGCUACAAAAUCUGUUUUUCCUUUCUGCAAAUAUAACUGGUUUUAGUUGGCUUGUCAGCUUUAAUUAAUAGAGUGUGUAUGUGUUCCAGCCUGUGUGUGUGUGUGUGUGAGAGAGAGAGAAAGAUAAAGAUAGAUAGAGAGAGAGAGAGAGAGAGAGAGAGAUAGAGGGAAAAAAAUGAAUGUAAUUGAUCUUUAAUAAGGAUAUCAAAAUUCACUUGGUCUCACAGCGGCAUUGACAUCAUCACAUUAUAGGCAUAAGUGCUUGAAUGAGCGUCAGCUUAUUGAGCAAUGAGCUCACAUUUUGGUGCAACACAACCUGCAUGUGUGCCAACUUGGGCUUUCUAUGUCUUUACUGCUUUUAAGACUUUGAUAAAUGCGCUUAUCAGAACCUAAUCUAACACUCACAUUUCUCUUUUGAUCAGAUUGUUCAGUAUGUGUUACUAGAAUUUCUUGGCAGCACUUUUUCAGCUGGUAUUCAUAUGUCUCACCAGCAGAUUUUUUUUUAACAAAAACAAUGAUAGAAUACCUUAUUCUGUCUGAUUUUCUCUUUCUGCUUCCCUCUACUGAAACUUUCUCUACCAUCUUGUUAUUUUUGGACUGAACAGUAUGUAAUAUCUAUCUCAUGGACUAUCUGAGGAGAGACUCCAUUAGUCUCUGAAAAUCUGGGGCCCAAGCAUAGGCAUAUAAAUGGACCAAAUGGCUUCCUUAUCUAAAUUUCUGUUGGUUUUGGUGUAAACAUUUGCUCCCUGGAAGGAGGAAAUGAUGGAGUUAAACACAAUAUUCUGACAAACAGAAGAGUACACCUGUUUUGUGAAUAAAUCCUCAAGCAUAUACUUGUUGCUUGACUACUGUCAGGUUGCGCGUUAUACCCGUGUUUCCUAAAAAUCAGUGGAGAUCUAGUGCAAUUUCUAGAAGCAUGUUAACGGAUGGUCAGUAAGGUGGCACUGUGGUGCAGCAUUGGUUCCUCCCAGCUCCAGAGUCCACGGUUCAAUCCUAAAUUCUCCUUUGUGUAUAUUACCCUGCAAUGAACUGGUGUCCUGUCUAAGUAGUGUUCCUGAACUUCCGCUCAAUGUUUUUGGAAUAGCCUCCAGAUCCACCACAACCCUGACUUGGAUAAAGUGGUUACCAAAGAUGAAUAAAUUAAUUUAUGAAUGACUGAUGUAUGAUGCAUACUGUAGAGAAUAGAAAAACAUUUCUGGAGCAUCAUCCUAACAUGAUGUAUGAAUUUUGCAGAUACUACAACAAGUAUGACACAGAAUGAAUCCCAACAUGUCGUCUUAUUUCUGGCUUGGUCUGCACUGUGUAUGGGUGCUUGAUAAGUUAAUUUGACAGAAUGAAAGAGAAUAUGCAAUUUGAACAUUUUGGGUGGACAUAUCUGUCAAUCUGUCAAUCAAUUAAAGCAAGCAUUAAGAAGCAGCUUCACUUCCCGAAUACCUGCUCACAGCUCUUGCCCUCUUCCCCCUGAUCCUGUCAUGUUUUUUCCCUCCCUCUGCUCCUCCAACCUUUGAUUCCCCAACCCCUCCCACUCUGCGUUAGUGUGUGAAUGGCUCUCUCUCUCUCUCUCUCUCUCUUUCUCUCCCGCCUUCUCUCUCUCUACUCCACACAGACACGCAUUCUGACAGCGGAAAAUCCAGCUGUAGCUCAAAGUGUUCGCUUCCCUUGGAAUGCUCAAGAUUAAUACCCUAUUUUUCAUUUCCUUCAUCUUUAUUAUUUCUUUUGAACCUCAUAAUGCUUCGUGAGCUCUGCCAUCAAGACGUCUGAGAAAGUAUGUGAAGUGAUGAAGAAGAGCAGAAGUUCUUCCACAGAGAUGAAGCACCUGCCUAUGACUCAUUUGAAUGUAGGCAUUCAGACUAUGCAUUAUACCAUGAUGACAACAUCACUGUAGUUUUUAUGCGUGAGCAUAAAUUCGAAUCCAAUAUUCUGGAGAUAUGUCAAAUGGAGUGACAGGAUUUGCAGCAUACAUGGUCUCUGAGUAAACUCGUUGGAGAUAUCAUGAGUUAGACAAUUGUGUGCUAUGCUCAUUACAAAUGCUAAACUACUCUCUGCUGGGAGGCAAACAGUCUGUGGGAUUUAAACAAGUUGUUAUGUAGACAUGACCACUGUAUCAGUGGAGUCACUGGUGGUGAUGGUCGAUAAAGUGCCUAAUGGAACUGAGACUCCAGUGGCAUCGUCUGCUGAAGAUGUGGCUGCAACCUUCACCAUUGGCACCAUCCUCUCCCUCAUGUGCCUUGUUGGCGUGUCAGGAAACAUCUACACCCUGGUGGUCAUGUGCCACUCAAUGCGCUCUGCUGCCUCUAUGUAUAUAUACAUUGUCAACUUGGCAAUGGCUGAUCUCCUCUAUCUGCUCACUAUUCCCUUUGUGGUGUGCACCCACUUUUUAAAGGGUUGGUACUUUGGUGAUGUAGGAUGCCGGACUCUCAUCAGUAUGGACUUCCUCACCAUGCAUGCAAGCAUUUUCACACUGACUGUCAUGAGUACAGAGCGCUAUUUUGCUGUUCUUAAGCCUCUGGAUACAGUCAAACGCUCUAAGAGCUACCGUAAGGCUAUUGCUAUUCUGGUGUGGACAGCUUCACUGAUUCUAACCCUUCCCAUGAUCAUUGAUGUAGAGCUAAAGACAGAAAAUUCCAAAUCAAUGUGUCAGACCACACUAAGUCCUCUUUCUUACAAGAUCUAUAUCACCUCCCUUUUCUGCACCAGCAUUGUGGCACCGGGUGUCAUAAUCGGCUACCUCUACAUCUGCCUGGCCCGUACUUACUGGAUCUCACAGACAGAGAACUUUAAGCAGACUCAAAAGCUGCCAAACCACAAAGUGCUAUAUCUUAUUUUUACAAUUGUGCUUCUCUUUUGGGCCUGCUUCCUUCCUUUCUGGAUCUGGCAGCUACUGGGCCAGUUCAAGCCAGAAAUGGUUCUUUCGACCAAGGCCAGGCGAAACAUCAACUAUCUUACCACCUGCCUGACCUACAGCAACAGCUGCAUCAAUCCUUUCCUCUACACUCUUCUGACCAAGAACUACAAGGAGUAUCUUCGUAAGAGGCAAAGAACCUGGACGUCUGGGAGCUAUUUCAACAGGAGAAGCCGCUUCCAGCGGUCCCCUCGCCGCUCCCUGUCAUCCAGCAGCCAGCAGUGUACAGAGAGUUUUGUGCUCACACACAUAUCACGUACCAACAACAGCAGUCUGUGAGGAUUUUCUGUCCAAUGUUUACUUACUGCAAGAAUGAGUUGCAGCUGAGAUCUAACAAUCUUGUUAGAGCUGGCUGAAUCUCCUGGCUGAAGCACCUUUUUUCUUUCCUGAAAAAAAAAAAACUAAUUUCAGCUUCAGUCUCAGAGGGACUAAAUUACUAUUGCUUCAAUGCCUCAAAUAAACCUCACCAAAUCUAUACACGAUGUGAGAUAUUUGAUAAUUUAUAACAAUAUGUAAAUAUGGGAAACACAGGCUAUUUAGUAGUGCAUUUUUGAGAAAGAAGAAAUUAUCAAAAUAUCACCUUUUUUUUAAUUAUAGUUUGCAUUUGUCCAUUUACGUUUUCUGGAUACGCCAGAUGUUGGAACAUGUUUCUGUCAUAGAAAUAAAAUUUCCUCUAAUAUGGUUGCAAAUUGAAGGACUGUGCUAAGAAGAGAAUACAGUGUUAUUAAUGUGUGUGCAUGAAGAGAAAAUGCCACUAAAGUUCACUAACUUUGUAAAAAUACAUUCUAUUUUAACUAUUUGGCCUGUAGAUAAAUCAACAAAAAGCUGAUCUGAUAGAAGGAAACAUAACUGGAUGGAAGGCAUUAUUCUCCCUUGUCAGACAGAGUGCCACUAACCGAUCAUGGAUGUCUUUUAGCUCAUGAGCACAUGUGUGUUCAGCUGGCUUCAUAAUUUAGUCCUCACCUACCAAGCUGUCAUGUGAUCAGAAAAUUGGAGUUCACUAAUUUUAAUAAAAAAUAAAUAUUAAGAAUUUCGUAUUAUGAAUUCUUUUUAUUAAUAAUAUUAAUAUUAAUAUUCUUUUAUUAGAGUUAAAUAACAGCAAGACUAUUACCAUACCUUACAAAUAUAUAAUUUUCCAUUUUUUUGGUUUACGUCAUUAUUCCAUUUGCUAGCAAAUAAUUAAUUGUAACAGUGAAUUGAUUAAUAAACAGACUUAUUUCCAACAAGAACAUUCUUGAUAGAGCAAGGCUCACUGCAGGCAUCAUUUACCUUUAAUAUUUUCCUCAUAUACUGUAGUUUAGAUAAACAUAUAAUUUAGAACUUGAACAAAAAUUUAUUUCACAAUUUUGUCAAUCCAUUUUUAAUGUUUUUGUCUUAUUUAAAAUAUCAUAUUUUUUCUUUUUAUAUUACAUUUAAAUUUCAGCUUUCAAACAUUCCCCCAAAUCAAAGUUAAUAUAAAAAUUUCAUAUCACGCUCAAACAAUUCAACCUGAAAGUACUUUAGCCUACAAAGCACUGUAAAAUUAAACGCACUAAAUAAAUUCUGUUCCUUCCUGUAGAGCUAGGAAAGGAAAUCAGUCAGCAGUUUAACUGAUAAAAUUGUGCAGUACUGUAUACUCACAUAGCUGCACAGGCCAAGCCACAUAACCAUCAUUUAGGGAAAGUGAGGAUACCAAGAGACCUCUGUCUCUGCUAAUCUAAAUAUAACAGGCAUUCCUACAUGUACUUUGGACUAUUUAAAUCCGUUUUAUGGGAAGUACAUCAAAAAAAUCAUUAAGCCCUUAAAAAGCAUGUGAUUUAUCAUUUCUGGAUUGGAGCCUAAUCACACUUGUGAGCACAGAUAUCAUGAUGAGGAUUAUUAUGUUAUCUGUACUCAUAAGUGUGAUUAGUGUGUAUUCACUUCUUCCACUAUGAAAAACUUCUUCCACUAUAUUAUUACUUACUUAAUCAGUGGUGGCUUGGCCAGCCACUUACAAAUGUUAAUCUCCAUAAAGUCCUCGUUCACAACUCCAUACAUUUUAAAUUCCAUUGAAAUAUUAAUUACGUCUUUUGAGUGACCAUUUGCCAGAUAAAAGCUGAUGUUCCACUGAUUUGCUCCUCCUUCUAGAUGUUGUGCAAUCAUGAGGCAGUGUGCUCCCUGUCCCUUUUAGCACCAUAGAGUUGCACUCAGUAGUCAAUGAUGGUAACUGCAACAAGCGCUAAUAGAGUCCCAUUGGGGCAGGAAUCCGGCUGCCCCAUGCUCUGCGGAGGAGGCGAGGACAGGACAGUUAUUGACGGGGUUGCCCAAUUGGGCUGAAAUGUUUUCACAAACAAAGGCAAAGUGUAAGUGCAGACAGUGUGUGUAUAAUGUAGAGAACCAUUUCUACUGUGAGAUAUAUUGCAAAGAUUGGAGAGGGAAAGGGAGAUAAUGGCAUGGAUAAUAUCUGUACAUCAGAAAGGUUUGUGCAUGACAGUGACCUUUCUCCCAAGCAAAAGCUAAGAAAAAGAAAAAACAUAUAUGUCCCUUUUCUAAUUCCAAUUUUUUUGGGGUAGUUUCAGGUUUUUUGCAUGGUGUUUGAGAUGUGGUGGGGCUGUAAAUUUUGCUGAAACAUGACAACUGUGGUUAAUGCGACAGAACUCACCUGCUAUAUUAAACACAGCUGAACUAAGGCACAUCUAAAACUGCUCACAGCAAGCUGCUAGACUGUAUGCUGGAUGACUGCAUUUAGUCGACUCUCACCUGCUUAUUAAGGAGUUAUUCUAAAAUUCACUAGGUGGUUGCCUAUUGCAUAGACCAAGUGUGAUAACUUUUCGACUUUAUUUGGUUUGUUAUUAAUGUCGACCUGCCUCACCAAAACCUAUGGUCACAAGCUGCUGCCGAUCUUAAUGUUUAAAUUAUUCCUUCAGAUAAACAACAUAACUGAUAAAAGGUCAAGAUUAACAUAUGAUUUGUAAUGGUUGCAAAAUCUCAUGCUCAUUACUGAUAACAUAAAUUGCACAGAUAUUAUCCCUUAUCUUUGGUAAAACAUCCUUGUUUCCUUGUUACAGUAUUUGCCUGCAAAUUGCUCUGUGCCAGAAAAAGGCUUAAUAUAUUGUUCUCUGAACUUUCCAUUUCAUUUACAUCUGAACCUGCAACAGUUCCUGUUAGUUAUUUUACUUUCAGACGUUUUGCAUAAAUAAUAUUUUAAGGUGAGUCUUAGGGCAGCCCAUUUGCUGGUCGGAGUCCAACACUGAUGGUGCUUUAGCACACCUGAUUCCCCUCCUUAGUUAAUUCCCAGCUUUAGGCAUCUGUUAGAGCAUCACACUGUGCAGCACGAUGGCCCUUAAUAAGCCAAGUUAGGCUCUAAUGCUCUAAGGGCAAUUCACUCACCAGGAGAUAUCACUGAACAUGUAAAUUAAAUGGAAAUACUAAUUUCUUUUUUAUUAGUUAGGAAAGCUCUUCCCUUUACCUGCCAUAAAAUCCUUAUUGAUCACAGACUACUUUUAUCAAAUAAUAGUCAGUCAUUUCUCAGAGUAUUUGUCACUGAUCACCCAGAUCAGUGUCUUUCAUACAGUGCCGUGGAUUCUUUUACGAUCUAGAUCAAUAAGACAUAUAGCCUCCAUGUUCUAUCCCAGUUGGCCUUUAGCCCAAUUUGUGAAACCUUUGCGAGUGCGAACACCAGAUGACUUACUGUUGCGAUUUUUUUUUUGCUAUCCUAAAGUAUGAUAAGGUCAUUUGGUGCAUAUUUCCAUCACAUUUCCAGAUGAAUGGGUGCAAUAUAACAACCUUGGUAAUUAAUACUUGCUGGAAGGUUGCACUAUAUUUCUAAUUUAGAAUGAUAAUGGAUAACCGAGACAAAUUUAUCUAAAACAUUAUGAAAUAUUAAUGAAAUAACACAAUUAUCGUGUAUCUGGAAAAGCAGGUUGUAUUGUGAAAUGGAAAUUGAGAGCAGGGAUCAACACAGAGUGAAUAAUGAGAGUCAGCAGUCAGACAACACCGUAUAGAGGAUGUGGAAACAUGUGAGAUUCAAAAGCUGAUAUUGUAAAUACGCCUGCUGGUUCAUUACUGAUUCCCAAAGGCAUUAUGCAUUACGCAUACAACACAGUGUAUAUAUCUGCAUGAAGAAUGUUGAUUAAAGCUAAAUAAUAUUUUUUACAGGGAAAAUGAUUGAAAAUUAUUUUGGGGCUUUGUAGUUGUUACAUAAAGUACAUAAAGUACUGUGUGCUGUCUGCUAGUGGGUUAAGGCUUUGUUAACAGGAGAAGCCCCCUGACUGACCCAGGACAGCUGUCUGUGUUUAUGGGUCCCUGUUCUCACCUGUGAACACUUGUAAAUAGUUUUCCAGUGAACUUGGACAGAUGUGUCCAGUCCCCUUAUCUUGCCUAUUUGUAUCCAAAUAUGUUAUGCCUAAGUUAUUCUUAAGUAUUUUUUGUCCUUCAAGAAGAACUGGUAAAUGUACUUUCUUUUCACGGCAGUAAGUGAGAACGUGACCCUUACGCACACUCAGCAUGCUCUUAUUGCAUUCCUCCGUGCAGAGAAACACUGCAGCCACUCAAGGUCAGGCUAUUACAGGGAGCUGACACACUCAUCACUCAUAUAACACCCAGUUUAAUGCACAUCUCACAUGACCUAAUGGCACUAUAAACUAAUCGUUAAAGCACAGCUACUCCUCAGUGUAUUCAAUAAAUGCUCCUUGGUCAAAAUAACAAGCAUUAUCUCAUCAAGCAUGAAGUUAGACAUGGUUCAGUUGCUGGAAUAGUUUAAUUAUGCAUCUGGAGAAUUCUGCAAUGGACUUGUAUCCCUGGACAAAUCCCUAUCUUACUCCCGCUGUUCCUGGGAUCGGCCCUGGAUCCACCACAAUCACGGUUCAGCAGAAGAGGAAUGAAUGAAUCUGGAGAACUCUAACUUUCAAACAUUUGUUUCUUUUCUUAAAACAUUCUCUAGAUUCAAAUCCUAAGCAAGAACAAUAUAUCAUUAUAAGCUGUACUCAGUCACAAUGACAAAUAGGAUCCACCAUUUGUUUUUCAAAGUAUUUUGUCACAAAACGACGGCUUGACACACCCACAGAGGAGACACUAUAGAUCACAACAUCUCAAAUUAGAGGAUAAAUCAAGGAAAACGAUGCAUCAAAAUUAACUACUGAAUGAAAAUAAUGUUCCAUAAGGAGAAGUGUUGACAUGCUUUCAAUUGAUUGUGCUAACGGAGCUUUGCAUACUUCUUACCUCAAAAAUGUGUUUCAGACCAUAACUAAAUUUUAAAAGUGAGAAAGAAAGAGUAACUGAAAGGGACACUGAUGGUGCUUGAGGAGCAUCAGGAUAUCGAUCAGUGUCUACAAAUCAACGCAAGAUGUUUGCCUCCUGAUUUCACACGCGAUGUAAAAGAACACAUCACAGAACCACACGCUUCAAUACACAUUAGAGCAUUUGUACUGAUUUAAAUGAAUGUAAAAUACUGAAAACAAGGACACAUAAGACAUCACAUUACAAAAUAGCAAAACAUUUUGCAGAAAGACAAAUAUGCACCUUUGGCACGCAAAGAACUACACACCAUCAUUAUGUUUAAUUAGAGAGUUGAGGGUGAUGAGUUGUUGAGUAGUGGAAUUUGUGAGUGUAUUUUCUUAUUUAUUUUAUAUAUUUUUUUUAAAUAGCACAUUUUUUUAAAAUUAGAACUGAGUCAGGAAAACCAUUAAAUGGAGACUAUCAGGUUUUGGACCUCUGAAUUUGGUAAAAAGUAUGAAUUCAGAAAAGUGAACAAGACUCACAGGAAAACAAUUCAGACCUUUGGCUACACAAUGUUCCCAACAGUUUUGCCUGUACAGAUGUGUGUUUAUUGAGUAAGACAGGUAAACACUAUCCGUAAUUAAUCACUAGCAUAUGGCUGCAUACUGAUGUGGUGAGAUUAUCAAUAAACUCUGAAUAUGAAGAGCACAGACUACAACAGGUACUCAAGAUUUUAUUUGAGUUGCCAAAUGCCUCAGAUUACACAAUAUCUUUUUUAAAGCUUCUAGCUCAACCUAGACUUUAGAAUGGUUUAGUGUCUGUGUCUUGGUAUAUUUGCUAGCUGACAAGUUUGUUUGUGUGACAGUAUUUACAUUGACCCCUCAAUGAAACACUGUAAUAACAAGCUUCGAUUUUAUUCCAAUGAAUGCAAAUCUAAUCACUCAAUUUUGCAUUACUACAAGUAGCCAGUGCUGGCCCAUGUGUUUGUGAGAUCAGGAACAUAGGCCCCCAACACACAAACAUACACUGAACCAGUGCAUACUAAACAACUGAAUUCUUUCUUUUGUUAGAGCAAGUGUUUCACAGAAAACACAUUUUUUAAACUACACAUAUGUAUUGCACCUAUAUUUUGACAUCUUUUUUUUUACUGCAACAGACACCAUGUAAACAAAUGAGUUAGUUAGAAUGUUAACUCUCUAACCAACAAGUAAAUAUGACAAACAUUACCAUAACACUGGUAAUAAAUCUGUUUCAGAAACUUGAUAACGCAUGGGACGUCUUGCCUUCUCAAGAGUUAGCAGGCUCACUAUUUCUACCCCAGUGACUGCUUUAACCUUUCCCUAGCUAGCAAGCUUUCAUAGAGAUAGCUUGGACCAAAAAUGGUAGCAGUUAUUCAACAUGUCAAUGAUGCUCAUGUUCACAAACAGCCACUCUGCCAGUAUGAAUGUCUGUCUUUAGCUAGCUUGAACUCAGCUAUGUGACAUAUUCAGUCACUCAAUACAUUAUUAAAAUUAAGAUACCUAGAAUAAAUUUAUAGCACUGGUUUUAUAAUCAUUUCGGCUUCCUACAAUAUGUGAGGAUUAAAACACAAUGUGAUUUAAUAUGUAACAUAAUACAGUCCUAGGCAGUAUAUAUAUAUAUAUAUAUAUAUAUAUGGCCUAAUGGAUGGACUGGCGCUGCACAUAGCACACAUUUUAGAGUGGUGCAAGUGUACAUAUAUCAGAGGGAUAAAUUUUGGUGACCCCCCCCUUUUCCUCCUUUAUAUUUAAGCAAUAUUGCAUGAGCAAGAGUGGGGUUAUACUAAAUAUCAGUUGUGAAUCACAGCCGUGCCAAUAUUCUGUAUAACUGCCUGACUGCAUGUGUGAAAUUGCUUUUAUACUACAGUUCUAUAAAGAAGAAAUUAAUAUCAAGUAACUGACAUUUCGGACACAACCUGGCCAAAUAUUCUCUCAUUUUUAUUUCUUUAUUUAUUUUGCCCGGCUGGUGGAAAUAGAUCCGGAAGAAGCAGCAUUUACAGGAUGCCGGCUAGCUGGCUAGCUAGUUCACAGUGAUUUAUAUAUUCCCGUUAGAGUUGCUUCCUCUUCAUCUUCAUCUGAUGAGCUUUCAUAUUUUAUGUAAAAAUUACAUUCCUGAAAAUUACCAUUUGUCAUAUCCGCUGAUGAUGUUCCUAACACUACUGUAGUAACCAUUUCAAACUAAGAAGUGGAAUUUUACGUGGCAAACACAAGACGAGAUGCGUGAUACACACAGUGAAAUGUCGCAGUGUGGUUGUACUAAAUAUAAGCACUCUUAGAAUAACACUCUUCCACUCAAAUUAGUGGACCAGAACCGACUGUGGUAUAGUCGUCUUUAUAUUUAUGUCUGCAUUUUUUCUGAACUCUCAGUGCACAUUUCUUGUUUUAAUCUCAGGCAUCACUUAAUUCCAGCUAUCCUGUAUAAUAACACACAGUGACACUGACACUUCAUAACGUCAAUGCAUGGUUUUAAUUUUGCUACCCUUCUGCCCAGACAGAUAAAUCUGUUUCCUUAAAACUUUAUCUGAGGUGUAUGCAAACUUUGAGAUUGUUCUGUUGUGACAUUUCCUUUUCCCAGUAGAGGUGCGCAGAAAUAGGUAACUAAUCUGACAAAUAAAGACACAUAUUCAAAAUAUCAUUUUCACACAAAAUUUCACCUGACUGGAGGCUAAAGUCAGCGCAGACUGCAUCAAAAAGUAUUUCCCCUUGGUAAUGUUUGUCUGAAAGUUACUAAAAUCAGAUUUAUAAUAGUGAUCUAAUUCUAUCUACAUACACGUUUUGUUUUUUUUUUCAUUUCUGCCAUCAUCAACUAGCUAGUCUUAGCCUGUUUUGGCUGAAGGGCAAGCCCUUGAAGGUGUUGGAGCUCAGUUCAGCAGAUCAACAGUGUAAUUAGAGCUCUGUGGAGUGUGCAGGAAGUGGAAGGAAGGAAAUUCUGAACAGAGACAAUAUGGCAGCACUGAGUGUAGUGCAGAUAGCUCCGCGUGAGACAAGGCUCUCUAAGGAGAGACAGAAUUCCAUGCCAGUUCCAGGUGCUGUGCUCCAGACACCACGUUUACUGCCGUGUUUAUGUAACUGAGGGGAAAGGUGGGAGAUCACUCAGUUUCAGGUGUUAUAGCCAUUACGGCAAAUGAAGAGUGAUAGAUGUUUAAAUCAAUGGAGCAUGUAACCUAAAUAAUGUCUAUGGUGGCAGUAGUUGCCUUCAGCCUUUCUUGACAUUACCAGAGACUAUGACUGGGUCAGAGUUCAACCAGUUCAAUGGUGGGUAAAAUCAGAUAGUUGUAAUUGUGUUCCUGUUAGCUAAUGUACCGAUUCUCCCCUUAUAAAAUUACAGUUCAGAACAAAUCACUCAUUUAAUCGUUCUAGACAUCUCACUUAGGUCCAUUAGGACAUUCAUCAUUAUUAAUCUCAGUUGGGUGCAAAUGACUUGUCUCAUACUGAUGGUUCAAUGUCUUGUUCAACAUUCAGGUAUUUAUUUCAAACUAAUGUGAGGAGUGAAGCUACAAUCAAUUAUUCAUCAUUAUUCCCCUGUUGGUUCCGUGUCAGUGAUGAAAGGGUGAGUGGGUGAAUGAGAAUACAUUAUGGGUGAAUGAGUGUACAUUUAUCAACAUCAUCCCUGGAAGUGAAACAGGAAAUGUAACCCAUUUUUAUACUUAAAAAAUGAAAUGUCAGUUACACCGCUUCUACAGUGCACUUUUAGAUAAAGAGACUGUAAUUUACGAUGACAUUGAAAAGUCUGAAAUGUAUACUGUGUCAGAAAUGGAGCCCAUUUUCACAGGUUGUAUGAGAUAAUUGUUGCAAUUUUAGAAUAUAAUAUUUCAUGAACUUCGUCUCUGUGUUUCUAUAAAUGUUCUCUAUACUGUGUUAUCCUUGUAGGAGUGUUUAUGUCCUGUGCAUUAGUACAGGAAAUGUUGAUAAUGUGAUUUAGUGUUGGGUACAUGACAUUUUCCCAGGAGGCUGUGUAAGUGCCAGGGUUAGUAACUUGAUCUGUCAAGCUUUUAAUGAGUUGUGACACUUUACUACCAGUGCAUGUUUUUUGCACUGCAAAUAAUAUUAGACAUACUGUACAGAAGACCUUCUAUACUCAUAACCUUCAAUCAGUUUCAAAGUGACUUAAUGAGAGGUAUUAAAUAGCUCUAUAACACAGUACACUUUUCCAGUCUUCUAGCUCAACAUGUUGUAAGUCUGUGCCUUGUUCCAGGCACAUAUGUGAACACUUCACAAAGGGCUGUUUCCUUCCUCUGGCACGUAACCAGAGUACUGCAAUAAUUACUUCUCCUGAAUAAAGGGUAUCACAAAAGCCCCACAGCCUGGCUGAACACCUGCAGACUUGGUCACAUCUGUGCUGAUUAUUUUCAUGCAAAAUCUCAUGAAUACACUUAAUAUCAUAUUUGUUGUUAUGGAAGCAGUGAAUUGGACAACUAUCGGUAACUUAUUUAUUACGUUUACUAUUGUGAGUGGAAAGUAAUUACAUUUUAUUAAAGUUCCCUGUUUAUAGCUUUUUUCUGCUAGGUUCACCAUGCAAAACUUUUAGUUGGGUGCUAAAUUAUAUCUGUCUUUGGGCUUGCACUCACUAUUCUUGGCUUGUGGUUUUAUUGCAAAGGAAAACACCUGGACCUCAUUUCUUGCUCCACCUUGUAAUGUAUAUAAUUUCACAAUCUUGAAACCCAUUAACCUCACUAAAUCCUUACAAUACUGAUAAAAGUAAUUUAUUAAAAACCUAUUGAUAUACAAAUAAUAUUGAAAUACGAAUAUAUUUGUGUGUAACCAGCUUUUAUUUGGGAGCAGCAUGGAGCUUUUAAAAACAUCUGGAUUUGGGUAAAACACUAAAGUCACCAAGAAAUUAUCAAGGGUCCAAUCUUUUUCCAUUGAUCUAGGGCAAGUUGACUGUCUCAGACAUUAUUAAUACAAGAUCCAUCCAAGAAGCCAGAAUGUAAGAAAUGUACAUUUUAACACCAGAAUUUUAAGCACUGAAAAUAUAUAUAUAUUUUUUUUACAAAUAAACACUGACAUAAAACCACAAGAGAGCUUUUGUGAGAAAAACAAUGUAACAUCCCAGUGUGAUGUUAUCACUGUCUGACUGACAGCUGAAGUGUUUAUUGAAAUAACUCAUUGGUGUUCUCUGGAGAUGAAAGUUCAACUAGAGCCAAAAAUGUCUAAUUAGAUCUUCUGAAGAAUUCCUGCCGAGAGAGCAAUCAGCCAAUGUACCUCCAGUAGAAGAAAAAACUGAAAAACAUCUAGAUAGACAGAUAGAUAGAUAGAUAGAUAGAUAGAUAGACAGUGAAAUAAUUAGACUACAGAGCUCCAACAGCAAGACAGUUAAACAAGAAUAAACAGAGGUAAGGGAAACAUAAGCUAUGAAUUUAAAAUACAAAAACGCAAAAUAAAAUACAGAGGUACAAAGGUAUGUCUUUGCAUAAUAUAAUAUAAUAGACUUUACCAUGUGCUCAUCAGUUCAUCAGUUAUUUUCAAUCUCUAUAGUAGUUAAACCAUGCAAUAGUGCUUUAAAGUAUUUUACUACUUCAAAAUCUCUCAAAUGAGUAGAAGAUGUGUUUCCAUCAUCUCAGCAGCUAAUCUUGAGCCUUAUACUGUGUCCUUGAAUCAAUCAAUUCAUUUAUUUUGGAGUGUAAAUAUGUCAUUAUCAAAAGAGGUUCAUUACCAGCCACAUAAAGCACAUAGAGUGUCUUUUCUUCCCACCAUGUCGUUAUUAGAUAAUGUUCUAUCAACAGUGAGGCACUUCUUUGUGUAAACAGUCUGGGCACCCAGUACAGAAAUACCCUUUUGUCUCUCUCACACACACAGACACACACAGACACAUACACAAACUAUUUACUACUACUACCACUACUACUACUACUAAUAUUAUUAUUAUUAUUAUUAUUAUUAUUAUUAUUAUUAUUUCUAGCACAACUUGUCACCUAAAACAGCUCAUAAAUGAGGCUUUGAAAUUCAUCCACAUCCAGUGAAUGCAUAGUAAAAAUGUAAGUACAAAACUACAAAAAAGUACAUAAAGGCAAAUGGAGAUGCAAAAAAAUGUAACGGAGAACAUUUCUAAUUCAAUGCAGUGGAAAAUCUCUGCUCGUUUAAUGACAAAAAUAACUGAAAUAAUAACUGAAAUAACAGAAAGAAGUUCAUGAUCAGUUCUCCAUCUGAGCUGUGCAGCUGUGCAACAGUGAAGUCUAUUUAUUAUCUUUAUAAGACGAGGAUAUCACAAAUUCAGAGAUAUACAUGAGCAGGUCUUAAUAAUAUCAUCUGUUCUAUAACUCUGAGCUUUAGGAAUAUGCAAAAGAUUGUGGAUGAAUUCUGUUGAGAGGCUUUUCAAUUCAUGGAUAGUAUUAGUGCAGUGCAUGCCAUGCACAUUCCAAGCAGGUAACAGCACUGCUAUUUAUUUUGAAUGAGCAAGGGUAACAUUAAUUGCCCUUCAUCAUAUUAUAUGGACAACUGUGGAAUAAAACAACUGGGAUUAAUUAGAAGGACACUCGUAAGGUUGAUGCAAGAUUAUAACUAUUUGCCCUCUAGUUCCAACAUAACCACUAAGGGCCUGGACAAAAGACAAAUAGUACUUAAUUACACGAUUCACUCUUUUUUUUCUUCUCCUAAUAAAGACUUUACUACUUACCCCCAAGUAUUAACCCUGGCUCUUUCAUUCAGUCAUUUUUUUUUUCUUUUCUCUUGCAUUUCUGGAUCCUAUCUUUGUUUUGUCAGGUCUUUUAAUGUGUAGCGGUCUUUUUUAUAAGAUGACAUCUCGUAGGUAAUUAAUGAACACCACAUUCUUUCCAGGGCUACUGCUUCCUGUGUUGCCUGUAGUACAUAUAAAAGCAAAUGCAUGCAUGGCACGCUAGCUGCCUUGAACUCAGAUGCCUUCAUGAUUGAGUUGUGCUAGUGGAGUACCAGGGCAUUACAUACUUGCCCUGUCUCAGAGUUUAAAAAAAGGAUAAAACUUUUUAAGUAUUUAUCCAGUGUUAAGCUCUUGUGACUUGCAACUCCAUUAAAAUUAAAAAGCUACUUAUCAUCCUUAAUGUUAUUAUUGUCUGGAUGGAAUUCAAAAGUACAUCUCUGUUUUGUCACGGAAGCAUGCCAGACUACACAUAUUUUCCUCUCUUACAUGCCUGUCUUGAAGCAACGUGAUGAAACAGAGAUGAAUGAAACAGAGAACUGACUGAACCAGGGAAAAAAGCCAAUGCCAGACAGACAUUUUAGAGUAAUAUGAGAAUCCCUCCUGGUUUAUUAUUGUGGACUAUUUUCCACUUUUUUGAGUUUUGGAAAACAGCUUUAACAUUACAUUAACCAGGAACUAAAUGUGGGUUAGUAUUUUUAGUUCCAAUUCAAAAUCAGUUUCUCUGUUGCUGUAUACUCAAAUGCCCAUGAGUGUUCUCAUCAGAAGGGACAUAGGAGAGUCUAAUCUCAGCCUAAUUAGAUGCUCAAGUGGCUGUAAGCAAAAAUAAUACCAGGGAAAUUAGCCAGAAGAAUCGUUUGGAUACAAAUAGCCUGAGAAAUAUUUCUUGACAAACAUGCCCCUUGGGCAAGAAGACUUUUAUAAAUAUACACGUCAUUUUGUUACCUCUACCAAGAUGAAUACACAAUGGUAUUGAUAGAAUAGCACACUAUUAUGUAUAUAAUAACUACACCCACUGCUAUGUCAUAUUACUGAGCUGACAUUUGAUGUAAAUAUAGUACUUUUUUCCUGUGAGAAAGCGAGGAUUAGAUUUGCAAAGUCAUGAUUAUGUUGAAAGUGUGUUGAGGUGUGAGGUGAGUGGAGGCUGAUCAGACAGCCAGAGAAGACUCUAGAGCUGAUUUAAUCCCCUUUAAGCCUACAUCAAAUGAAAUCUUGGCUAUCUGCAUGUCUAUAGCUGGGAAUCUUCCAGAGUGCCAUCUGCAGAGCCAUGGUCAAUUACCUGCUAAAUCCUGUGCUAACAGGCACAGAUCAAUAUGCAUGUAACAGUCUGCUUCACUGGCUCUCGUUAAAUGCAUAGCAGCAUAGAAACCAGCAGCGUCUGACCCUCAAACCCAUCCCCAUGUCUGUAACCUAUAGACUCAAGCACCCGUGUCCACUGCUUAUGAUCAUAGUCUUUACAAAUAGAUCAUCUACAUCCAUCAUGCUCCAAGUGACUGUACUCCAUCCCCGCAUAGCAGAUGUUGUUUACAAACAGCAAACAUGUAUCAAGGAUUUAACUAUGCUUCUGAAUAUUCAAAGGGAUGAUUAUUUUAAAAUGUGCAUUAAGAUUGUUUUCCAUCAUUAGCUGCAUAAUGAUGGUAUUGAAAGCAUGGAAAACAUUUUAAUUGAAGCUGCCAGACACAAAAUGCACAUCCAGUUUAUGAAAUGAAUGGUGCUCCACAACAAUAUGUGUAUAUGACUUGUUUAAUAGUACAACUGUGCCGCUGGAGCUAACUGAAAGAAUGAACUAUUGAUGAAAAGGAACUGGGAUCAGACAUUGAAGCCUCCAGCCUUAACCAUGCAUCAGAAGACCCUUCUGCAUUUGACAAUGUCCAUUUACAAUGUCAAAAUGUCAAUUUUGUUUUUUUUUUUUUUUUUACAAUGAAUAAUUUUAUGGGAUAUUUUGCCAUCUCCUUUAAAGAAUAUUUUAUUUUAAUAAUAUUUUACUUUAAGAAUAAAGUUCUGUCCUUGCUGUUAUCAUUAAACAUAGAAUAGGAAAAAAGAAAGGCUUCUUCUGAUCUCAGGAACAGAAACUUGUAUUUUAGUCAAGCAGUGGUAACACACAUUUUUCCUGUUCUCUCAUCUUGCCUUUUCAUCAGCACCAUCUUCAUCAUUUCAAAUGCUGAUCUGGCCAUGGCUGGGCUGAGGAACAGCCAAUCAUGAACUAAAUACAUGCUUUUUAUUAUCUGUCACAUUUCUCAGCAGAGGUCCAUUUUCUACAGUCCACAGGUGAAGCGGAAGGCUGCUUACUGACAUUAUUUCAAUCCUUAUCCUUCAGUGUUCAUCCCAUAGGAGACUACUGAGCAGGCAGACUGCUAGUUACUCUAGGUAAAUCAUUCUAUAUGGGAACACUUUAGGGUUCAUAGAGCUAAUAAACCUACAUAAAUAUUAAUAAUGUCAAAUGUCAAAACCCACUCAAAUUAGGGUAAAUAUCUAAAGAGUGAAGAUUUUCAGAAAAAAUCUUAUGAAUAGUAAAAUUAAGGGUCAGAGAAAUUGUACAAAACAGUCACCACAGGAUCAUGAUAUGGUCAUAAGUAUAUUCAUAACACUCUUUAAGCAGCAAUAAAAACACGCCUUGUUGCCGGGCCGGAGGAAACAUACCAUGCAUAACUAUAUUUUUACAGUGUAAUGAUGUGUCACUGUUAAAACUUCAGUAUGUAACAUAUAAUGAAGUUUUUCGUAGUGAUAUAAAGCAGCUUUUCAUGUCAGUGUUAUCACCAAGUUCAGAAGACACUGUAGAGCAUCUUUUGGAAGUUCUCACCUUCUCACAUUUUCCAACUGACAUCACUUGGCUAAGUUACACCAUCACCAUUAUAUGAACUAGCUACUUAGCUACUUAGUCAGUUGUUAGUUAGUCAGUACUGACUUAGCUACUUAGUCAGUUGUCAUGACUGUCUAAUGUAAGUCAGCCUGGAGAGUAUCAUAACACAACAAAGAUCAUAACUUGUCUCAUAUAUGAGACCUGACACCUUUUGGAAUAAGUAUUUACACAUGUUUAUGUAGAUGUAUGUCAAUUGUCAUGGAUGGCUUAUGUAGGUGUCGUGUAACCCUAUGAACAAAACCUUAAAGUAAAGUUUUGCUGUAUACUUUCUAACUGUGGCAUGGUGUUGUUUGGUGUGAAUGGAAAGAGAUAGGUGUAUGUUUAGGGGUUUUUCUGUACUACAAAAUUAGUACACAUUAUCUAAGCAGUUAAUCACAUACAUUCUGUAUUGCAGAGCAUAAUGUGAGGAUAAUAAUAGGUAUUAUCCAAAAUAAUCAUUGUUGGUAACCCCGGAAGAAUUUCAGGAAUUCACAAUGUUACCUAUUAGGGCUCACGUGCUGUACAGUCUCAUAGCAAUAAACCACUGGAUGGUUAUAAACUGAUGCAUUCUGUACGAUGCAGAUAAGAAAACCCAGGAAACACACAACGAGAAAGUGAGUAGGAUGCACUGAAGUGAGCACUGAAGUAUGAAUGGCAGCUGUUUCCAAAGAUAGCUAUGUUUAGACCAAUGUGUUAGACUAUCCUUUAUCAUAAUCAUCUUAAUAAUGUCAAUAUUCCCCUCAGUAAAUCUUAAUUAACCUGCAAGAGCACACAUUUCAAAGCACACUAAUGGUGAAGUGUCAGUAGGAGCAGCAUGCCAUGAAAUGACUGGAGCGGGCCGGGGGUAAACAGGGGCAGAAAGUGAAACUGAGCAGAGGGCAACCAGUCAUAAAGUACUUACUCUGAACAGCUGAAAGUCAGCAGGACCUCUUUCUUUCUUUGUCUCCUUCCAUUUAGCUCUAAGCACAAAGCCAUGUACUACUCAUAGUACUUUGCACUCUACAAUAAUUCCCCCAAAGCCAUGUCAACAAAUAGAAAAAAAGAAACCACCAGGAUAUCAAGAGGGUAGUAUAACAAGCUACAGGAGAAUAGAGAGUAACCCUGCAAUGCAUAAUGAACACAAAGUGCACUCUGAUUCAACCUCACUCUCAGUCUGCAAUUACAACAGCUUCAUCAAAAGUGUAAAAAAAAAUAGUUUGUCUGGGGCAUGCUCUCAAAAGUUCAGUCAUAGGUGCCAAAGCCUUAAUCCAAUUAUAAUAAUCAAAUAAAUAAUACAGUGUGUUCUGGGAAUCAGGUGUGAAAUUGGAAAUCAUUAUUAUUAUACAUACUACAUGGAUUGUAAAAAUGCUUAUAAAGUUUCUCAUCAAAGUAAAUGAGCACUGGAACCUAUUCUGACUGGAGCCUAUUUAAGAUUCAGUGAUGCUCCUAUGUAUAGUGAAGCAGAGGAUGUUAAUGGGCCGGGCAACUGGCUUUAGUGCUUUGCUAUAAAUCUAAUUUUGUGGAUUUUCUCCUUUUUACCUCCAAGUGAUGACAUUUGUGCUCUAUUUCUGGUUAAUCAUAGUAAGAAGAUUGUAGCUCUGGCUCACUGCUCCUGGUCCUUUUGCCCUUUCACUAUGUUGGUAGCUGCAUCAACACCCUGCUGAUAACACACCCCUGCCAUCUGAUUUGCUUGGACUUCAUUUCAAAUGACUACAGGCAACAUUAAGGUCCCUAAAUUACCAUUUUAUGAAUAUCUUAAUGCACAAAUUGCUAUUUUGGACACUGCUAGUUUUCAAUCUGUGUGGAUAGAAGCGGAUGGGACAAAAUUGGAUGAGCAGAAGAAAAUUUAGAGAAAAGAAAACCACAAAGAACAAAACAGUUGUUCAACAUUUUAACGAACACUUGGCAGUUUCUGAAGACAGCUGGAAUUCUGGCAAAUGCUGACAAACCUCAAAUAAUUCUGUGGACAUCAUGUGCAUUUAGAUAAUUAAACCCUCAAAACUCAAUUUAAACUUCAUUUUAAAAACAGACAAAAAAGUACACUUUACAGACUAGUUCUGAAAUGGAUGUACCACAAAAAAGCAGAUGGUAGCCUGCUAAAAUUGGGCUACCAUCAUAUAAUGAAUAUCAUUCAGUUGGAAUUUUGAAAAGCUUCAUAGUCUUUUAUAUCUGAUAGCUAGUAUGUCUACAGCUAUACAUAUAUAACUAUAAUGACUGAUCAUCCAGCAUCAGACAGUGAUCUUUGCAAAUUCACUGGUUGUUUCUUCAUGAUGAACGUAUUCACUGCUAAUACUUUUCAAUCACCUAUUUGUCAAUUCAUUAUAGAGUUCGGAGUAUGCACUGUGUAGGGCUUAUAACUCAGAUCUAGUGUACAGCAUGCAUUUAACACCAAAUCUAUCUAAGCUACAGAUCUACAUGGAAAUUUACAAAUGGCCAAGGAGAAGCCUUAAGCCAUAACUUACAUGUUAUAUUACAACCAUCAUAUGAUUUCCAACAAUUUAAUUGAAACUGGGCAAAACUUUAUCUAAAGUUAAAUGAGGUAAUAAAACAUCAUGAAUCAAUCUUUGUAAAGGACCUGGAAGCUUUGAACAUGUAGGACUGCAACUGAAUAUCAAAACAUACUGAUCACUUUUACUCAGAUUUUUGGAAACAGUGGUUGUUCCUUUUGUGUUACGAGGCCAAGGCUGACCAUGUACAUCUGGUAUGCUUAGGUGUGUUAACACCAGAGAGAAAAAUCUGGUCAACUGCCAUUGUGGGCUUAGUUUUUGUUCCAGCACAGCCAUUAUUUGCUGGUCAAUGCCAGCGGGUUGCUAUUUUGGUGGGCGCAAGCUAAUUUUUUCAUGUUUGUACUUUAUAAUCAACCGAUGUGAUGGAAUUUUUCGACUAUUUUGGUCCAAAAACAUGCGUGCAUACUGGGGUGUUUUUUUUUCCCCCAUGAUUUCCAUGAUUUUAUUAAAACAAUUACUUUCUCUACAUAAUACUCAGCAGUGUCAGUGCUGUUAUGACAUAAAUUGCACUAGCAGUCAAAUCUGCGCUUACAUUUAUUCAUUCUUUCUCAUUACCUUCCACUAAUGCUUCAUGUCUAGGCAUGGCCUCAAAAGAUAGAAGGAAAAAAAAGAUAACAUCGUCACACUUAACCACACCCCUACAUUAUCCAUUCUUUCAAACCUAACCCCUUUUUCAUAUUUGUGCCCUUCUGCACCAUGUUAGCACUUGUGCCAAUGGUAAAGAAGAUGCCAGAAAUAUAAGUCCUUGUUUCUGUGCAUGUGCUAUAAUUCUGAAAAUAGAGCCCUUCAGAGAGGCUAAAGACAAGAAGGUAAGACAACACAAUUAUUAAUUAUUAACAUGAGAAUCUGAGAACAGAUUCAGUUCUGAGGAAGACAAAUAUUUAAAAAUAAUCUUCAAGGGCUGGCACGUGUGUGGGAAAUCUGCUUAUAUUAUCAGCUUUACAUGCUUUUUCCCCAGGUCACCCUUAAAGCCUAAUGAACGUUUUUUCAAGCAAGGCUCAACUUAUCAAGUCAUGCUGAUAGUUACACAGUGGUUUCACCUGUUACAAUGUGUUAACACCUCUUCUGGCAAUAGUGCAAGCAUGCUGUCCUGUGUUGUGGAAGCAAUAAUGAUAUAACCAAGAUAUCAGGGAAGACCAGGCUGUUGUCAGUUAAUUAACUUAUUUCUCUUCUUUUUUAUAGGAUAACAGAAAAUACGUCGUGGACCAUGGCAUUUAUGACCAAAAGCCCUGCACAGCACUUAGAUUUUUGUUCCUGGUUCUACUCAUUUAUUUUUCCUUCCAUUCGUAUUUUUCCCCCUGUAAUUGCAUUAGUUCUGUCUGAAGGAAAAAAUCCAUAAAACUCACACCAACAUCCACAGACCUUUAAUAGAUUGCAAAUUAAUGUAUGAGAUGUUUUCAAGAGAUGGAAAACGUAUAAAACGUAUGAAAGUAUAAAAGUGCCAAACUGUUUUAUAAUAACAUAUAAAAUACUGUACCAGGAUGUGAGUAAUGCACAGAUCCCUCAGCACACAGAGAAUCAGUCCAGAAUGCAUAAACCUACUGAUUUUUAUAGUAUCAUGGCCUACAGGCAUUUCAUUCUAGGUAAGGCACUACCGUAAUAGGCAAUACUGCAAAAGGCAAGACAGAUAAAGGCUUGGCCACUCUGCAUGACUUAAUCAAUUCCACACUGAGGUAAGAGUCUGCUCAACAAGAACCGCUCACGCUCUAAAACCUGGCCAUAUGGGAGAGUGGUCUGGGUCAGCAUGAACCAACAGUCUAAGAGCAGGCCUGCCAAGUCUACAGCCUGGGGUUUUAACUGGGGUUUCUUUAUUUUACUAUUACAGAGAGAGAGGAAGAGCCAGGAGCAGGCCAAGACGACAGGCAUCUCCGUCCUCCAUAGGAAGGAAGCAAGGAACGAAGAAAAGGAGCAAAACAGCUAAGAAGAGGGCCAGAAGUUCCUGCCUAAAACAAUUUCAUCCCUUUUCCAUGCAUUCCAUGAUAAAACCUGACAAAUAGUCCGGUUCGUCUACCAAAGUCUGAUUUAGUGUUGAGUUUUAAUAUCUCUUUCUCCAAAUAAUUUAUUUUCUUGCUUUGUUUCCUUCGAAAUAAUUUUGGGCUCAUUGAUUCAGCAGUGUAUAGCAGAAAAUUGUAUUGCAGCUGCCAUUGAGAAGACAGCAAAUGUAUUCUAUAUUCAUGCCGAUCCCACUCCUAUGAAGUUGACAGCCGGGAAAAUUCGUCCAUCAUCUCCACCUCACUUAAAAGCAGCAAAUUGAUGAAAGGCUCACUGUUUAACUGCAGUAGACAAUUACUGAACCUUUUCAAGCCCUUGCGCUAUAACUAACAGCUGCAGACUGAUAUGGAGAAGAGUGCACCACACAACUUUCUUCUUCCUCACAUUGCCCUGACACCCUGGUGCUGAGGCUGACAGCAGUUCAAUAUCUGUCCUGUGAGCUGACCUGAGAUCAUUAUUCUUCUGCGCACACCUUAGCUGAAACUCUUCUGAGAGGGACAUCAUGACGACUGCUUGCUUUUGUAAAACUUUUUAAAUGGAUGAAUCAGGGUCCAGAUCAAGUCUGUGCAAUGACCCUUUACAGACCUGCUAGGAGGACAGAUUUAUUAUUCAUGCACAGCGAAAAGGCUUCUUUUCAUCAUUUCUAUUAAACUGUGUCAAAAUACGUGUUCAUAUUACAAUUGAUCAUUUUCUGAUGUUGAGAUGUAAGUUAAAAAAACAAGCAUGCACUCUUUAAUUCAGUGGAUUUGUCAUCUUUGUAAAUGUUGUGAUUGGUGACAAACUGAUUGUUUACAUGAAAACAAGUGGCUUACCAAUGUCACACGAGAUGUAAUGAAAAGAUUCUACAAAGAAAGCUGGAUGCAUCAGCCCUUGAAAGGGAGUGAAGGAAUUAAUUCCUCUAAGCCUUACAAGUAUUUAUUGUAUAUAAAAACAGACAAGUUGUCUAUUGAGCAAAAGAUAAAGUUCUUUCCUCAGUAGGCCACCAAAUAUCUAGAACAUAUGGGGAUUGUGUUUAACAUCUUAAUUCUUGUGAAAACUUACACAUUUUUGCCUAAGGGUCCAGACUGCACACCUGCUUUGUGUAUUAGGCUAAAGGGAAUUGGAUGUGCAAUGCAGAGUCUGUAAAUACUUUCUUUUCCUUACAGCUUUCUUUACAAAGAUCAGACAUUUAUUUUAUUUCUCAUGUUCUCAUUGUGUCUUUGCAAAGGGUUUUGUCUUUAUUUAAGAGAACCACUGUGGGUAAUGUACAGAAUGAGCAUUCAAUAAAAACAUAAUUUAAUCUCUA